UGUACUAGCAUUCAAAUCCCCCCACCACCAAUUUCUCCCUAACUUCUACAAUCUAAAAUCUUCUAUUCCCAUUUUUGUACUAUCUAACUUCACAACUAUGCCUCUGUCCUCAUUUCACCAACAUUUUUCUAGUUUCUUCAUUUUCCUCUUUAUCCUAGCUUUCAAAGGGUUUAAAAUUUCAGCGACUACAUUUACGUUCAUCAACAAAUGCGAUCACACGGUAUGGCCAGGAAUUCUAGGAAAACCGGAUCUCGGAACAACCGGUUUCGAACUCAAAAAAGGAAACACCCAAACCUUCCAAGCACCAACCGGCUGGUCCGGUAGACUCUGGGCAAGAACCGGUUGCAAAUUCGACGACUCCGGUCACGGAGCUUGCUCAACCGGCGACUGUGGUUCCGGCGAAAUCAACUGCAACGGAAACGGCGCAACACCACCAGCAACACUAGCAGAAUUCACUUUAGGAACAAACUCCGCCGAUUACUACGACGUUAGUCUCGUCGACGGUUACAAUCUCCCGAUGAUCGUUGAAGCCAUCGGCGGUUCGGGUUCGUGUGAGGCCACUGGCUGCGGAGAGGAUCUUAACCGGAGAUGUCCGUCGGAGUUGAGAGUGGAUGGCGGUGACGCGUGUAAUAGCGCGUGUGGAGCGUUUGGAAGUCCGGAGUAUUGUUGUAGUGGCGCGUUUGCUUCACCGUCGAGCUGUUCUCCGUCGAUUUAUUCGGAAAUGUUUAAAGCUGCUUGUCCGAAAUCUUAUAGCUAUGCAUUUGAUGAUGCUACGAGCACUUUUACUUGUACAGGUGCUGCCGAUUAUACUAUCACAUUUUGUCCUUCUUCUUCUCCAAGUUUAAAAUCUUUGAUGGAGUCAGGACCAAGAUCAUCGGUAGAACAAGCAGCCGUAGCUACUAAAUCGUGGAUAGCCAAUUUGGCUAUAGGAGAUUCGGCAAGAAUAAGCCAACCAUUUUCAACUUUCAUGUCUAUAUUUUUUGUGGUUAUCACUUUUAUUAUUUCCUAUUUAUAGUCUAUUAAUUAGUCUUAAAAGUGUCUCUUUUUAGUGAUAAUUCAUUUGUAUUUUCUCAUAACUUUUAUGACAUAGGAAAAGGAUCAACAAUGUCUAGCUAGUUGGUGUAAUUAAUACUAUAUGAUUGUUGAAUUCUAUGUAAAUUAUUAUUAGAAUUUUUAAUUAAAGAUUUUGUUGAAGUUGUUUUUGGUU